CCAUUUGCAAUCCUCCAUGUUUGAAUGGAGGGAAUUGCUCUCUAAUAAGAAAGUGUGAAUGUCCGAGUACCUAUCGUGGACCUGACUGCAAUACACCUGUUUGCUAUCCACAAUGUCAAAACGGUGGUACAUGCAUUUACCCCGACACGUGUUCAUGCAGGAAGGCUUAUACAGGAAAGCAUUGCGAAACACCCGAAUGUUCUUACCAUUCCCCUUGUUUUCCUGGGACAUGCAAUGAUUCUGUAAAGUGUCAGUGCUACGAAGGGUUUUCUGGUCAGAAUGGAUUACAUCGCUGCAAAACAAUGACUUCAAGAAGAAGCCCAACAAUUACUCGAUGUACUUCUAUUCUUGCCAAUAUUGAAAGAACUGGACUGAAGAGAGAACUCUAUCGCUUUAUAACGGAUUCAUCCGAACCAAACACUACUAGAGUAGAUACAAUGUGGCUCAAUCAAAAGGAUUACAAUUACAUCAACGUGGUUUUUUCAGCAUUCUAUAAUGAACCAGAAAACCUGGCAGUUCCAAAUUAUAUUACAAACUUUAAGUUUGGAAUCGUUGCCGGAAAAAUACAAAUAACCCUACAAAAAGAGGGCAGGAAUGAUCCAAACCAACCUUUUCUGAGCAAGGAUCGCAAAACUGAUUGCAAAAACCAACCAAACUCUCUCAAUCCAAAUGAAGAUACUUUUGAGUGUAACUUCACAGCUGAAAACUUUGACAGACUUCUGGAAAACGGCGAUAAUUUAACAAUAACAGUUAUAGCGGAAAAUGGAGGAUAUCGAGAAAUAAUAGGACCAACUAUAGAUGAUCGUUAUAAGGACAAAUUCAGCGGGCAAAAUUCUACGAAAUCUACAAUGUUUCGUUUUGACUUUGAGAAGCCCCGUCAUUGUCCUCAAAGAGACCCAUGUGAGGCAACAGCAUUGGAUGUAAGGGAAGAUAUAACCAAGUCUCCAAUAAUGCUUUCUUGGAACAAAUGGUUCGAUGAUCUCUCAGGUAUGCGAGAAUACAAACUGCAGGUUUAUUUACUAAAACCGAAUACAACAUACCUUACUGAAUCUAAUCCGUGGAACCCAUUUCAAGAGAUAUCCUUCAAUGCAACAAAGUCAAGUUAUACAUAUCCGUACACGCCCAAACAGCCUGGGAUGUAUUCCUUUAUUUUAAACGUAAUAGACAAUGCCAACAAUACACAGUACGCUCGCACCUUGGUAUUGUAUGACCCAUCAUCAAACAUCACACUGUCGAGUUCACCAUUCAUUGCAACAAGUGCAGAAGAAGAAACGAACUUCAAAUGGCAAAAUAGUCUUACAAAUGGCAUUACGAUGUCAUGGAAAGGACACUUUGAAAACAAAUUCCACGAUAAAAAUAAACUUUUGAAUCAAGUUGCACAAUAUCAAAAUUUUGACCACCUGACAAAAUAUGAAAAAAAAGUUCCACAAGAACUUGACGAUAUCACAGGGGAAAGAACAUUGCGCAGAAUACCAAACAUUCAUGGUAUUGUGAAGUUUGAAUAUUCUUUUAGAAAUGGAAAUCAAGGUAACUCAGCACCUGAUUUUUGGAAUACAGUACAUGACAAUAUUUCCGAAAGUCAAACAUUCUCUACCGAAAGAAAAGAUGGAGACGCAAUUUAUUUCUGGGUAAAAGCAACUGACGUCAUGGGGAAUAUAAAAGUCGACUUAGCAAAAAUAUAUUUUGAUUCAAGUCCACCAGAGAAAAUAAAAGAUUCAGAUGUUAAAUUUAUUCCCAACUUAAAAACCGCUACGUAUGAUUUUUCAAGUAGAUUGCAGAUCGACACAUUUGAUAGAGAGAGUGGUAUUCAUAAAAUUCAUUUUGAAUUACUAGCAAACAGCAGCAACCAAAUAUUCCAUGAAAGUGACAUCCCAGGAAAUAAAACUGAUAUGCAUGUACGUAGAGAAGGAUACAAGCUACCAAUGGGAGAUUACUAUUAUUAUAGUCACUCUAUUGACAUAAACAAUUGCUGGAUGGUUGUGUCAAAGGAAAAAUUCAACAAAGAGUUUGUUUUCGUGAAUAUAACUGUGUAUAACAACGCAAUGGAAACUAUUCAGUAUAAAAAAGUGGUAAUAGACAUAGCUUCACUUGACGGUAUGGAUGAGUAUACUGGUCCCCUGAAUUUGACUGUGAUAGCAACGUAUGACAACAGCGUUCGUCUGAAAUGGACCGUUUCCCCAACUUGUUAUGAAAGAUCGAAGAUUAUCCUUCAAUACCGUUCAUCCAGUGGUCAAACAGAGACCCGAUUUAUUGACAAGGAUGCAAACUGGGUGGAUCUGACAGGGCUGAAACCGGAAACAAAUUAUACAUUAUCUUUUAUUACAGAGUACGGAAAUGAAAGAAGUGAUCCCGUAUUUCUCCAUUUCAAAACAAUCAAAUCACCACUAGCUCUCAGUGUUUCUGCCAUAGCUGGAAUGGCAGCAGGGUUUUUUAUACUUGUUGUCAUAAUUGUUGUGAUGGUUGUCCUUUGGCGACUUGGACGUCUGUCAGUUGUACGAGAAGACAUUCGGCGCCGUGCUACUUCAGUUCGAAAGAGUUUUGCUAAUCGAUUUUCAGGUAAUCCUGGCUAUGAUAUAGAUGACAUUUAUAUCUACGGCCAAAUGGAAUUAAGUAAUACCGAAAGUUGGAUUUUACCGAGUUCCGAUAUUGUGCUAGACGUCUUGUUAACGAGUGGAAGAUUUGCAGACAUAUAUAAGGCCAGAUACCGAGAAAAAAAUAACAAAGCUAAACAAAUAGUGGUCGCAAAGACUCUGAAAAGUGGAUAUACUGAGGAAAACAUGCUGAUGAUGAGAGCAAAGAUGAAUUUUUUCGGAAAAGAAGUCGGGGAACACCCAAACAUCAUUCACUUCAUUGGUGCUGUCAUUGAUAAUGAUACAUUUGGACCAUACAUGGUUUUUGAGUACUGUACAAAAGGUCAGCUUCGAGAUUGGUUAUUACAACAAAAGAAUGUGGCAGAGGAUAUUAUCGAACAGCUAUAUCGAAUUGUUUAUGGAAUCUCGAAGGGAAUGGCCUAUCUCGAGACAAAAAAGCUAGUGCACAGGAGACUUGCAGCACGAAAUGUUCUACUGAAUGAUGACAUAGAACCCAAAAUCUAUGGAUUUGGACCAGAACCGCAACAACAACAAAAUAACGAGGAGGAUGGAGGUGGUACAUGUGACGAAAAGGAGCGAAUCCCUGUGAAAUGGACAGCACCAGAAUGUUUUACUUCAAUGAAAAAAGCCAGUACAAAAAGUGACGUGUGGUCUUUUGGGGUUGUUUUAUGGGAAGUAUUUGCUUUGGGUGAAACUCCUUAUCCUGGAAUACGAGGUAGAGAUGUUCAAACCCAGGUCAAUAAUGGUCAUAGGAUGGAUAGACCAGAGUUUGCUAAUAAUUUCUACUAUGGAAUUAUGAAGAGAUGCUGGAACACGAAACCAAGAAGAGGGCCAAGUUUUAAAGAAAUAUCAACAGAUAUUGGAAAGACCUUCAAUGUGGCUCCCUCUGACGAGCACUACUAUUACUGUGAAAAAUGAAAUCAUUCAUGAAAUUAAUUAUCUAGACUGCGUUAUAUUUCUGAUUCAGGAUAGUUUUGUUCUAGUGAAAACUUACAGUGCAUUUCACUUAUUACAGACUUACUGUAAAACUAUAAAAUUCAUUUUAUAUGUAUGAAAAAUUAAAUGUCUACUUUGCGUUAUAUUACUGAUUCAGGUUAAUUUUGUUUACUGAAAAAUUACAGUGCAUUUUUACAAAUUUCAGACUUGAUGUAAAAGUAUAACAUCCAUUUUUUAAAGAAAUAUAUAUAUUUGCUAAUUGUCUAUUUAACGUCUGUUAUUUAAAGUAAAUUGUAAUGAUUAGCAUUUAACUUUCAUUAAAUUGCAUGCAUGAGAUACCGUAGUCUUUUUUGAUUUUAGCCUACCUAAGUUACUAAAGUGAGCCUAUCCGAUCAGUAUCUGUCUGUCGCCCGUCUAUCACAUACGGUGUAUCAUUUACUUUCACAUUUCCGAAGAGAAUCACCGGAGGAAUUCGAUAAAACGAUCCGAAAUUCUUUUAAUUAUUUUCAAAAAAAUGGUUAUCAUCUAUUAUGUGUAUGCCAUUGCGAUAAAGCGAUUCAAUUAGCCACCUCGAUUGUUAAACACGUCAAACUUGUACACAUAAACACGGUAAGAUUAAUUGCAUACAGUGUACAUUCUCACGCUAAUCAUUGAAUAAUCGCACUAAACAAAGGGUUUACAUUGGUAUUUAUAGCUUAUCUUAAAUAUGUAAGUAAUAUUUUGUGUAAUAAUAUGCAUUUAUAACUGUGAAAAGUAUACUUGAUAUGUUUUUCACAACACAUAAAUUAUGUCAUUUUUACCAAAUUAAGGUCAUGUGGACAAGUUUGUUAAGAUCAGUGAUUUGUUUAAAACCUGUUUUCAGAGAUUUAACUAGCAACUAUUUUUAAU